UGAUAUUGAAAUAGUUGGAUACAAAUCAAAGGUGCAAGAGUGUAUACGCUAUAUGCCAUCUUCCGACGCGGCGUUUAUUAUCUAGCUUUACACUUAUAGUCACCUAACACGUACACUCCUAACAUAUCGAACUUAGGUAUCACAUUAUAUUUUGUGGCCCAUGUAUUGUCUUGCACGCCGGAGUCAACCGCUGAAUUCACACAUUCUAUCUCCGUCAGGUAUCCAUCCUCAGUUGCUUACUUAUAGGAAUUUAGUGGCGGCUAGGGGGCGCCCGACACCUGCGUCCAGCAUGCGGCUAUACGUAAUGGAUGGGCGUUGCGUGAUGUCAUCUACGAGCGCCACGGCGCGACGUAAUCACUCAGCAGGUCCGCGAUGGAGGUAAACAGAGACGAGGCGAAGCGCUGUGUUGAGAUUGCUGUCGCGGCGCUCAAAAACAAGCAAGCGGACAAAGCCGUGAGGUUUUUAGAAAAGGCACAAAGGCUGUUUCCGACUGACGAUGCGAAGGUUCUGUUGGAGUCCAUCACAAAGAAUGGGCAGCCAUGCGGGACAGAGAGUACACCAGGAGGCAGCGAUGGCCCAGGGCCACGACACCGGAGAACCAGGCCAGACAGCGGCACGGCCCCCGAGGAGAAGGCCACAGACUCUGGCAAAUCCUACACCCCAGAUCAGCUGGAGGCUGUCAAAAGGAUAAAGCAGUGUAAAGACUAUUACGAGAUCCUGGGAGUGAACAAAGAUGCCACUGAGGACGAUCUUAAAAAGGCUUACAGAAAACUGGCACUGAAAUUUCACCCAGACAAAAACCAUGCCCCAGGUGCCACUGAGGCCUUUAAAGCUAUCGGAAAUGCCUACGCUGUCCUCAGUAACGCUGAGAAGCGGAAGCACUACGACAAGUUUGGUGGGGAGAAAGCGCACCCAUCCCGACAGGGCCACACUGAUGAGUUUGAGGCAGACAUUUCACCCGAAGAUCUAUUCAACAUGUUCUUCGGCGGCGGCUUCCCAUCUAGCAACGUCCACGUUUACAGCAACGGCAGGAUGCGGUACACCUUCCAGCAGCGGCCCGAGCGCCGGGAGCAGCAGAGGGAUGGGGGUCUGGCCCUGUUCGUCCAGCUGAUGCCCAUCCUCAUCCUGGUGGUGGUCUCGGCCGUCAGUCAGAUGAUGGUGUCCAACCCACCCUACAGCCUCAGCCUUAGGCCGUCGUCGGGCCACAUUCACAAACGGCUGACGGAGACUCUGAGGGUGCCUUACUACGUGGGAGACCACUUCACUAAGGAAUACAGCGGCGUGAACCUGAAGAACGUGGAGAGGAACGUAGAGGAUGACUACAUCUCUAACCUCAGAAACAAUUGCUGGAAGGAGAAACAGCACAAGGAGGGCCUGCUGUAUCGAGCUCGGUACUUCGGCGACAGCGACCUGUACCAGAGGGCACAGAAGAUGGGCACCCCAAGUUGCUCCAAGCUGUCUGAAAUCCAGACCAUGUUACAUGGUUAAAAAAAAAAAAAAAAAAACUCCACCUCACUUGCCACAAAACGUAGGUGCGCCAAAAUUGGCCAAACUCCACCUCACCCUGUAAAUGCCCUUCAAGACUGUGAGAGGCUAUGAACGUUUUAUUCCAGUCAACAUUGUAGUGAUCGUUUUAGUGUAAGAUAUGUUGUCUACUUUUUUUUUUUCCUCACGAGAUGUUUUUCGUUUAUUGAUUUCAUUGUUGCUAUUUUAUGAAAUAUUAUUAUUUUAUUAUUAUUAAACAAAUAAUAAGAAGCUGCUGGGUCUCCUGAGCCCCAGAAAAGAUAAA